UGUACUUGUGGGAUGGGCCCAGGGGCAGCUGCAAAGAUCGUACAAGCGCCUAGCUAGCGCCGCGGCGCUAUAAGAUCUUUGCUACGUACGUACGCCUAACGGCCAUAGCAUCCAGGACACAUCACGCUAGCUGGUUUGCGCCUCGCGUGGGGAGAUUGACGCAAAUUUAAACCCAACCCAUGAAUGAAAAUAUUUCCCGACUGCCUCCUUGAAAGCCGUGACAGAUGUUGCAUCGACCACAGAUUGUGGCAUGUUGUUCCAAUCCCUUACUGUUCUGUCGAAGAAGGUAUUGUCAAAAACCUUGGCUCAUCAGUCAUGAGCCAUUAGGCCCACGCCUAUUCGCGCUUUGCGCGAUGCUGCCAUAACGUUAGGCAUACCAUGGAGGUAGGGAUCUACUGCUACCGCCGUACAGCAAGCGCCCGUUCUUCAUUCACCUGUUGGUGCCUGUAAUGCUGCGAUCUCACACCACUCAACUAUUCUUGAAGUGCUCUCAGAAUGGCUAAAGUUGCUCUCUUUCACACUAUCAUGCCGAUAUGUUUGAUGUUGGUUAGUCCCGUAGCUGCACAGGAAAGUACACCCCAAGAAUAUGAUCUGCGGUUGGUUGGCGGCUCAUCCUAUAGGGAGGGACGGUUGGAGAUUUUCUUCCAGGGAGAGUGGGGAACAGUGUGCAGUGUAUUGAAAAUGCCAGAGGCAUCUGUGGUUUGUCGUCAGCUAGGGUUCUCUUAUGCAUCUGGAGUCCAGUCCUUUGGCCGUGGAAAAGGAAAUAUAGUCAUUGACAAUUUGAAUUGUAAUGGCGAUGAGGCCAGUAUACUAGAGUGUUAUCACAAUGUGCUUGGCAUGACGAGCUGUAACCACUGGAAGGAUGUUGGGGUCAUCUGCUCUGAUGUUCUCAGCACAGAGAUACCAACGACAUACAAUCCUGAAAUUGAAGCUAUUUUCAAGAAUGGCGUAUUCCGAUUGGCGGAUGGACCAGACCCUUAUCAAGGCCGAGUGGAAGUGUUUGUUAGCACUGCCUUAGCCUGGAUGUCCAUCUGCAGUACUGGCUGGGACUUUACCAGAGCGUCAUUUGUGUGUAAGAAGCUGGGCUACCGACCGGCAACGUCAGCUGGAACAGGACGCUAUGGUGCCAGUGCUGGCCCCAUUGCCAACUGCUCAGCAGGGUCAUUUGACUACGAAGGGAGGUUUAACUGGGAAAGGGACAGCUGUGUGGUUGUCAAUGAAAGCGAUGCAACUGGUGCAUGCUCUCAUGACAUGGCAGUAGAUGUGGUUUGCAGCGGCACAGAGCCAGGCAAGGAGGGGUACAUCAGAUUUGCUGGUGGGUUGCGACAAUUAGAAGGCCGAGUGGAAAUUUACAACCAAAAUGUUUGGAAGGGACUGUGCUCAGACGACUGGACAAUGGCGGACGCCCAGGUCUCCUGCCGGCAACAAGGCUUGUCACCCCCCUCGGAGGCGAUUUCAGGGGGGACGUUUGGGAGUAGCAAGGCUGGAGAUAUCCUGCAGACUUCACUGGACUGCACAGGACAGGAGUUUAGUCUGGUGAAGUGCCCCCAGACACCUAGACCCACACCUUGUACCCUUGGUGAUGCUGCAGUUCGCUGUGGUGAACCAAGAGAAGCUCAGGAAUUUGAUCUGCGACUGACCAAUGGCACAACUGCUCUGGAAGGCUUUGUAGAGAUAAUGUACCAAGGAAAGUGGGGGACUGUCUGCCUUUUGGACAGGGAGCACAGGAAUGAGGGGAGAGUUGCCUGCCGUCAGCUGGGCUUCCAGUAUGUUGUUAGAGCCACCACCAGGUUUGGACCAGAAGUUGGACAGGUGAUGUUGUCUGCAUUGAUCUGCAAUGGCAAUGAAGAGCAACUGGUAGACUGUUACCAUAAUGCACCUGGACAGUCAUCAUGGUGUGACUAUGGUGACGAUUUGUGGGUUAUGUGCUCCAACGUUGAACCGGAAACGCCACCACCAGAACUCUCACCUGUUCACAGUAAAUUACGACUUGUGAAUGGGUCAGACCCCCACCGAGGUCGCAUGGAGGUCUUCAUGGGUGAAGAGGGGACAUGGGCCACAGUAUGCGGUGAAGGCUGGGACUUCAACAGGGCUGUCAUGGUCUGCAAGGAACUUGACUAUCGGCCCACUACUUCAUUUACCACAGGGAAUUAUGGUGGAGGGACUGGAGUCAUUGCUACUUGCCCAGCAUCUGCAUACAGGCUAGACUUGGACAACUGUCAAGUGACAAAUAACUGCGGUCGUGACAUGGAUGUUUUUGUUGUUUGUGGCGGCAGAGAACCAGGUUUGGAGGGUCAAAUCCGACUAGUCAAUGGGUCUGUGCCAACUGAAGGACGUGUUGAAUUCUACCAUCACAAAGCAUGGAGGACGAUCUGUGCCGAUGACUUGACCUUUGUUGGACAGCAGGUCGUGUGCUAUGAGCUUGACUUUCCUUUCCCCACUCAGUCCAUUCCAGGGGGAAUGUUUGGCGAGAGUCCAACCCAUGAGAUUUUAGAUGCAGUUGUCAAUUGUACUUUGCAGGAAAUUCGUCUUGAAUACUGUGCUCAGUCACCAAGAAUGACGCCUUGUGUUGGUGGUCAUGCCGCAGUGCAGUGUGGCAUAUGGAGUAACGCCACCGAAGGGGAUGUGCGCCUUAGUGGUGGUCGCUCUGUGUUGGAUGGGCGAGUGGAGAUAUACCACAAGGGCCAGUGGGGUUCAGUUUGUGGUGCUAAGUUUGGUGCUGAUGAUGCAGCCGUUGUCUGCCAUCAGCUGGGCUUCCGUGACCAACUGUCCCUGUCCUCUAGUGUCCUUUUGUGGAGCAGAGGCCCACCAGCGUGGCUGAGGGACCUGGGCUGUCAGGGGUAUGAGGAACGCAUCUCUGAGUGCGGUGCUGUGCUUGGGGAACCAGUGAAAUGCCUACACCUCUUAGCAGACGUCACCUGCGACAGUCGCCCAUUUACCAAGACUUAUGAAGCACGUCUGAGUGAUGGACCCUACCCCAACCAGGGUCGCUUGGAGUUGCUCUACAAUGGUGUUUGGGGCACUGUCUGUGAUGAUGAGUGGGACAUUAAGGAUGCUGAAGUGGUUUGCCGGCAGCUAGGCUUCCCUUCAGCCGUGGCUGCUCUCAGUGGUGAAGACACUACCAGUCUGUAUGGAUCGGGGGAGGGUGAGAUCAUCUUGUACGAGGUGGGCUGUGAUGGUACUGAGGACAGCAUCAUCAAGUGCAAGCUGUCUUACCCAUAUUACGUUCUGUGCGAUCAUUCGGAAAAAGCUGGCGUUGUCUGCUUCAGCGAGAACUACCCAAGUGAAGACCCACGACCCAAGGAUCCUGGAGACAGAGAAGGUUUGUCAAGUACCGCCAUCCGCAACAUUGUCCUUGGGGUCCUGGUGGGUGCCAAAGUGCUUCUCCUCUUGGUUUGGUGUGGUUACAAGUACAGCAGAAAGAGGGCUGAGCCCCGCAUUGUGGUGGUGGGCCCGAAUCAGGGAUUCACCAGUGCUGGCAAUGAUCAGUAUUCUGCUGUCAGCCAGAAUGAGGAUGUACCACCAACAUAUGAUGAUGUCACCAAGGACCCUGGUAACUUUGCUCUAGUUGGAGGAACUGAGUCUUCCUCUCCACCGCCAGCGUACCCGUCUGCUCUUUCUGUAGAGGUAGCGUCGGCUGGUAAUCAGACAACAGCUGUUUAACACACACACACGCCCACCCACACAUGCCCUUGCACUGUGAACAGUCAUUCUAAGCAUAUUUUUGUUGAUGGUUCUUUGACGGUGCUUCUUCCUUUUGGUACAGCCAUUCCUUACGCCAAAAUGCCUCUAAAACUGUUUUCCAGUCAGGGGUAACCUUGUGUGGACUCGGCUUUAGUCCAUGCAAGGUUCGCACAACCUGCAUCAUGUGAACCUCUGUCUUUAGUUCAUGGGUCCACACUAGGAAUGUUAGGUUGACAUACACAAACACACUCACACCUACUUACCUCACAUACCUACUGUGGACAUUCCUUUCUUUUCGUGCAGUUUAGGAAACCCAGUGAAAA